GAAGCGGUGGGACAGAGAACUUUGUCCCUCCUCGGCUGCCGUAGUAGCUGUAUCUGACGACAGCGUUGGAAAGCGCUGCUGCAAGUGAAACAAACAUGGCUGGCAAAGGAGGAAAACAGAGCCGUGCUGGUCCGGGCCUCUCAGGGAGAAAAGGUGCAGGUGAGCAGGAGGAAGAGGAGCAACCACUACAGGCGGUUUUAGUCGCUGACAGCUUUAACAGGAGGUUUUUCCCCGUGACGAAGGACCAGCCGAGGGCUCUGCUGCCGCUGGGUAAUGUUGCCAUGAUUGACUACACCCUGGAGUUCCUCACUUCCACCGGGGUGCAGGAAACAUUCGUCUUCUGCUGCUGGAUGGCCAGCAAAAUCAAAGAGCACUUAUUGAACUCCAAGUGGUGUCGACCCACCUCUCCAAACACAGUCCACAUCAUCACCUCAGAGAUGUACCGGUCCUUGGGUGAUGUGCUCAGGGAUGUUGAUGCAAAGUCGCUUGUUCGCUCAGACUUUGUGCUGGUCUAUGGGGAUGUGGUUUCCAACGUUGACGUCAGUCAGGCGCUGCACGAGCACAAGCAUCGUAGAAAGAUGGACAAGAAUAUAUCAGUGAUGACGAUGAUCUUCAAGGAGUCAUCACCCGGUCACAGGUCUCGCUGUGAGGAAGAUGAUGUCAUUGUCGCCACGGACAGCAAGAGCCAGCGGAUCUUACACUACCAGAAAACACACGGGCUGAAGAAGCUACACUUCCCCAUGAACAUUUUUCACGGUGGCAGUGAUGAGUUUGAAAUCAGACACGACCUGCUGGACUGUCACAUCAGCAUCUGUUCUCCACAGGUCGCUGAGCUCUUCACAGACAACUUUGACUACCAAACCAGAAACGACUUUGUCAGAGGGAUACUGGUCAAUGAAGAGAUCCUCGGGAACCAGAUACACAUGCAUACCACCAAGGAUGGUUACGGUGUGCGAGUGUCCAACCUCCUCAUGUACGACUCUGUGUCGUCAGACCUUGUGCGGCGGUGGGUUUACCCGCUUACGCCUGAGGCAAACUUCAUCGACCAGAAGGGACGCGGCUGCACCUAUUCUCGGCACAAUGUCUACAGGGGGUCCGGGGUCAGUCUAGGUCACGGCAGCCAGAUGGAGGAGAAUGUCCUCAUUGGCUGCGACACCAGCAUCGGAGCUAACUGUUACAUUUCUAACAGUGUCAUAGGAAACAAUUGCACCAUAGGUGACAAUGUGAAACUGGACCACGCAUACAUCUGGAGUAAUGUUCACAUCGCCAGCAACGUGGAGAUCUUCCAGUCUGUGGUCUGUGACAAGGCUGAGAUCAAAGAGGGUGUCAAGAUGAAUAAACAGUGUGUCCUCGCAUAUAAUGUGGUAAUUGGGCCAAACAUCUCUCUGCCUGAGGGCACCGUGGUGUCCAUGCACCACCCAGAUGAGGAGGAAGAGGAUGAUGAUGAUGAAUUCCUGAGUGAUGAUGCAGCGGUUGGUCAGAGCAAAGACAAAACCAAAAGGAAAGUGUUUAACCCUGCUGAGGUGGGACCUGAGGGUAAAGGCUACAUCUGGAAGGCCAGCAGUCUGGAUGACACAGAGGACGAGGAGCUGUCACAGUGUCUUUGGGGUCUGGUGUUGAACCCUGACCCUGAGAGUGAAAGUGAGGACAGCGAGUCUGACGGUCCUGAUGAUCCGGUGAUCCCGUCCCCGGAGAUGGACGAUGUUAAAGUCUUCCAGUUGGAGGUCCUGGGGACUCUGCAGAGAGGUCUGGAGGAAAACAUCGGCUACGAUAAUCUUGUACUUGAGAUCAACUCUCUGAAGUAUGCCUACAACAUCACUCUGAAGGAGGUGAUGCAGAUUUUAACCAGAGUGGUGUUGGAGUAUCCUUUCCAGCAGCAGGGCAACCAGAUCACCCCGUCACAAUACGUCACACUUCUCCUCCCUUUACUGAAGAAAUGGGCUCCGGUGUUUAAAAACUAUGUGAAGAGAGCUCGGGAUCAUCUGGACUGCCUCGCUGCGUUUGAGGAACACUUCCUGGAGCAGGAGAGUCACUGGACUGCGAUGGUCAAGAUCCUGAUGAACAUGUACCAGCUGGAGAUCCUGGAGGAGGACAUGAUCCUGCGCUGGUUCUCCCAGGAAGCCACAACAGACAGGAGCAGAAAGCUGCGCAAGAACCAGGGGCUUCAGAAGUUCAUCAAGUGGUUAGAAGAAGCCGAGGAGUCUUCAGAGGAGGAAGGGGAGUAAAGAGGAGCACUUAACACAGGACGAAGAGGACUCAUUAAAUCUGGAGAUCUGUGGUAUUCAGGCAGUUUGUUCUACCACAGACAGCAGCUUUCUACAACUGACAUCACACCAUCAACACUUCAAGCUGACACACUUUUCAUCACAUGAUGCCGCGUCAUUUUAAGGGGCUGUGUGCUUCGAAUGUCGACACCCAAAUAAAGAAGAAAGACCCAGA